ACCUCCUCACAGCCAUGAGGCAAGAAUGUUCUCCUUAUGUGACUAGACACGGGUUCCAAGUGGGGAGGGGACUGGCUCAGCAUCCGGAGCCAAAAUAGGAACAGAGCUGGGAGCUGAGCCUCCAGUGCUUCUGGGCUUUCACUUCUCCGCACCAACGCAGUCGGAAUGCCUAUGAUUUCUGUGCUGGGCAAAAUGUUUCUGUGGCAGCGCGAAGGGCCAGGAGGACGAUGGACUUGUCAGACAAGUCGCAGAGUGGCCUCGGACCCCGCCUGGGCUGUGGAGUGGCUGGAACUUCCUCACGGCAUCUCCCUGUCUUCCUUGGGAUCUGCUCGCACCCUCCGAGGCUGGAGCUUGUCCUCCCGCCCUUCCUCCACCGACAGCCAGGACUUGCCAGAGGUGAAUGUUGGAGACACAGUCGCGAUGCUGCCCAAGUCCCGGAGAGCCCUCACCAUCCAGGAGAUCGCUGCGCUUGCCAGAUCCUCCCUGCACGGCAUUUCCCAGGUGGUGAAGGACCACGUGACCAAGCCCACCGCCAUGGCACAGGGCCGAGUGGCUCACCUCAUUGAGUGGAAGGGCUGGAGCAAGCCGAGCGACUCUCCAGCUGCCCUGGAGUCAGCCUUCUCCUCCUACUCCGACCUCAGCGAAGGGGAGCAAGAGGCCCGCUUCGCUGCAGGAGUGGCCGAGCAGUUUGCCAUCGCAGAAGCCAAGCUCCGGGCAUGGUCUUCGGUGGAUGGGGAGGACUCCACGGACGAAUCCUAUGAUGAGGACUUUGUUGGAACUGACUCAGAACUGGCGGGGCCGUUGCCUCUGGGGCACCUCCAGGACCUCUUCUCCGGCCGUCGGCUGUCCCGGCCUGUGCGCCAAGGCUCCGUGGAGCCCGAGAGUGAGUGCUCACAGACCGUGUCCCCUGACACCCUGUGCUCCAGCCUGUGCAGCCUGGAGGACGGGCUUCUGGGCUCCCCAGCCCGGCUGGCUCCGCCACUGCUGGCCGAGGAGCUGCUGCUGGCCCAGCUGCCCCCCAGCCAGGAAAGUGCCUUCCGCAGCCUGGGCCAGCUGGAGGCCCCGGACUCGCCCUACGACCCCUCGCCCCUCACAGAGCCCUGCUUCUCCCCUGCUGAGGAGGGUGGGGUGGAGGAGGAAGAGGCUGCACCCUGCAAAGACUGUCCACCUCCCAGCCCGCCACACUCGGGCAGCUGGGAGCAGCAGCGGCAAGCCUCCGGGGCGGCAUCCUCAGAGGAGCAGCAGUGACCUCGGGCUGCCUGGAGGCCUGGCCCAGCUGGGGCCUCCCAGGAGCGUUCCGCUUCUGCAGUGUGUGUUUGCAUGAACGUGUUUGGAGUGGAGGCGGGGCCAGGCUGGGGGCGCAUGCCCUGCCCCCACUCCCGGGGUUUGCCGGGGUGGCCCGGGGCCCUGGGGGCAUGGCUCCAGCUGUGGCAGACACUGAUGCUCGUAUUCCUCAAUCAAAAACGCCUCGUGCUUCCUCCCAGGAUGGCGUGCGCCCCAUGGGACAGCCGGGAGUGGGCCUGGCGGGGCUUGGGGGGAGCUUGUCCUCCUCCCCACCUUACCCUCCAGGCCUUCUCCGCUUCUCUCCUCACCUGAGUCCGUGUGCCAUGUCCCGUAGCAUCACCUGGGGAGGGGCCGGCUCUGCCCCCCUGGAGCCCCUGGACUGAGCCUCCCCCCAGGGCCCCUCGCCCUGCUGGGCUCGUGCUGUGCUUCACCUCUCCAUCAUCUCUAAAUCUUCUUCUUUUUCCUGAAGAAAGAGGGGUUUUGGUCUGUUCUUUCAGUCGGAUCUUCUCUGGGAAGCAUUGAUGAAAACAGGCGUCCUUCCCCGGGGCCUUGAUGCCUCAAACCCUCCCCCCCCCACUGCUGGGGUCUGGAUCCUUUAUGGGGGCUCCCAGCCCACCUGGCUGCUCUCCGGGUGCAGUGGGAAGAAGGGCUGGCCAACUCGGCUUGCUGGGACUUGGCUGCUGUUAAAGAGAGGGCCACCAGGGGGCGCCAUCUGGGCAGGGCAGGUGCUGUGCUAAUGCCCCCCCCCCCAGGGGAGUGUCGUCCUUAGGGUGGAAAGGGGAUAAUGCUUUUCUUCACUGAAGGAAAGGCUGGCAUGACAGUACCAUGGGGCCUCUGCCCCAGCAGGGUGCUGGUGACCAAGCAGUGGAGGCCUGUGUGAAUGUUCCCUUGGGGGGGGGGGGGCGGCAGGGGUGGGUUGAAGGGGGCUGCAGAGAGAGCUUAGACCCUGUCGGGUUGGGCAGGUAAGAGAACCCAAGGUAAGAACAAGAGUUGGGGGGGCACAGGCAUACUACAGGCUCAUUAGGUGUUUAUUUUGUUCUAUUUAAGAAUCUGUUUUAUUAAAUUAAUAUAAAAAUCUUUGUAAAUCUCUA